AUGUGGAAGGAGCUGCAGUUGCACCUCUUGCAAAGACAUCCUACUGUAGACCUGGAAAAGUUGGUGUCUGGGGCAUCCGUCACCGCGUCAGAAGUUGCAGCAGAGCUUUCACCGUGUUUGGCUACACCCCGGAGCUCUGCACUGGUUUGCCCCCAACAAGCAAAAGAAUUCGGCAGCUCCCCAAAGCAGAGCACAGUUUCCAAGGGAUCGGCAGUAGCAGCCAAGAGUAGCGUUUCGCGCUUUGCAACCAGAUUAUCAGCUGUUCCAAGUCGCCAAUAUCUCUCUGCGGAAAGGGCGGCAAACAUUCCUGUACUAAGUAACCGGAAGUGCUCUGGUAAAUUAGACCUUGACGCUGUCUCCAAUGAAGGCUGCAGGGAAAGGUUGAAUUCAUCUUCAUUGACAGAAACACCGGCGAAGAAAGGGCCCUCUAUCAUCAGGAACGCCUCCACUUCCACUUGUUCCCAACCCCGUCGCAGGACACUCCCAAAAGCCACGCAGACCCCUGGCCAUACCCGUACUGUUCGAUGCACAAACCGAGUUGCUGGGACAGAGCGAACACUAGCAACGGAGUGCUCGGAAUCGUCAGAUAUUUGCGCAGCUCAUUCGGCAUCGAAAAGGAACGCAUCUAAGGGACGGCCCACAUCGGUAGGGCAGAGGAACAGGAACCGAAAGGCACCUCUAGUCGAUCAAUCGUUUGAUUUGCCGAGUGCAACGUGGGUGAUGGAGAAGCUGGAGGCCAGCCCUUGUCUGCAGGAAGAUUCACCUACCACAAACGCAAUGGGAGGCGUACCUGCUAACGACCAGCAGCAACACGGCAUUGGUGCUAGCACGGCUGGAAGCACCUCAAAGUACUAUGCAGAUCCUUCACAGCAUAUCCCAUUCAGCUGCCUGGCAGGAUGUUCUAGCAGAGAAAAGCAAGAUCGUGCUGCGGGAGAAAUUCAGUCUCCCAUGUCACGUCGCCGUCAAGGCGUAGCCUUUUGUGUAGAUGAGCAGUCGACCGACGAUCUAGCGAACUGCUCCACUGUAGUCUCUGAAGAUGCGGACUUUUACACCUCCAAUGAUGCCACGUCGUUACGCAGCCUGAAGAAGCUGCGCAGCGUAUCUGCCAAUCCCAACGGCUUGGGACGUGCCGGUGCAACGCUCCGGUUGAGGUCAACUCCAAGCAAGCACCACGUUGAACAGGACCCAACAAAGGUGUUAGACUUUCCGCAUUGCCGCCUGCGAAUUGGAUCGGAAGUUCACCAUGGACUGCACUCACCCAGCCAGCAACCUGUGGCUUCAUCGCCAAGCGCAUAUGAUGCAACCAAUGCUCCUGCUGUAGGAAACAAACAACGGACCCUGUCUAAGUCUACAAAAUCCCACGUUUGUACAAAAUUGGGGCCUACUGGUUUGGACAAGGAGCAAUCCUUCAAGGAUUCUAGCACGGAGUGCCUCUCACAGGGGCCACUAUCACCAGAGGUCUCUAAUGGCCAAGGCGUUCCUCCAGACUGCCGUCAAAGUUACUCUCAGCAGGUUGCCCCACCCGACAGCAACCUCGAGCACUGUCAGGGAUAUACAGGAAAUGGCUAUACACGCGUGCAGUGGUGUACAAAGAUAUCAGAGUGCCAAAUGCCUGUAAAUGAAGGAACUACCCCUGGCGAAGCUGGCCGAUUACGGCCUUACCUAACCUUCCAGGCAGUGCCAAAGCGGCGUCUCGCCAAUUGUGUAGCAGCCAUUCCAGCAGUGCAGCACUUGUACUUCCCUCGCCCGGAGACGACGGCUUCCGAUGGUACUGCGGCCCUGUCGCAUUCUACAGUGUUUCCAAAUGGCCAAGGCCUCAUGGGACAAGUGCACCCAAAGGACACGAUGGGGACCAUCCCUAAAAGGAUGCCAUACGAAAGGGGCGUGAUGGACGGUACUCAGGCCCGCAGACUCCCGGUAGUGAUUUCAAUGCCACAGCCGAGCAGCACGAAAUUUGUGAGUAGUCCAAGCUCUCUGUUCAGUUCGAGCUGA